AUGGAAGAGCUCCAAUACCAAUACGGUCGAUCCUCCAAUGGAGCUAGCACCAACCCAUAUGAUGUGAAAGUGAGAAGCAUGAACGACAACAAAAUGUGGGUAAGCAACAAUAACACGACCUCUUCAUCUUGGUAUUCUUACGAGGCACCUAAAGAACGUUACGUAACGACGAAGGUGACAAAGUCAAAGAAAACAGACUCGUGGUGGAAUAACCCUGAGAGGAAGAGAAAGCGAAGAGUGGCAAAAUACAAGCUUUACACAUCCGAAGGUAAAUUCAAGCAAUCUGUGAAGAAUGGAUUUCGCUGGUUAAAGAUCAAAUGCUUCAAGUUCGUAACCAAUUUCUAG